GUCUAACAAGAGCAGCGAAAUACCUUCCGGUCAUCUGCGGCCGUCCAUGUCUGCUUCGUCCGUCGUGUGCCCGUCUUGUCGGCUUCGACCCUUUCUCCGUUACCUCAGGCCAGUUCCGAUUCAAUGGCAGGCCCAGAGAACUAUGGCUUCGGCCAUGCGGUCUCGCCGUCGGCCCGCCAGAAUGACCCUCUCUCAGAAUGUCGACCUUGGUCUCGCAGACAAAAAGAAGUCUAAGAAAGAGGAGGUCGGCCCAUUUUCUGCCAUGAAUCAGACAGAAGCUAGGCUCCCGAAUCGAAAAUUGAGAGAUAGACCUCAAAGGCCUCCCAGAUUUCCCCUCUCCCCGGCAAGACGAGCCAUCGACGACAAGAUCGCCCAAAGGUCUCGCGUUGGUCGAGGUCCCUCCAAUGCACCCGAGGAUGGUGAUCCAGGACAACCAAGUACCGCCAGCAAGCCGAAGAAAAUGCACAAGGAUGACCGACCUUUAUUCCACGCCUUGAAAAUGCAACAAGCCCUGACGCCUUUGUCAUACACACAGCGAGACAAAAUCAAAGAAAAGCUGGAGCAAUACCAAAGAUUCGAAGACCUCGGUUUAAUGCCGCAGAUCACGGAUGCCGUUUACAAUCAAAUUCUACCUCAUCUUACCGAGCACUCUCCCACCCCGGUUCAGAAGUUGGCCAUUCCCAGCCUGUUGCAUCGGAGAAGGGGAGGCAACGAAAAAGAGACAAGCAAGCGUUCUACAGCUAACUCUCGAUUUGACAAGUUUCUCAUUGCGGGCGAGACCGGCUCCGGCAAGACGCUCGCUUACCUCCUUCCUAUUGUUAAUGCGGUCAAACAACAAGAAGAAAUCGACCGGAUCGAACAUGCUCAGAAGGAACAACAGGAGGCAGAUGAGCUUCAAAAGAAGCUUCAGGCAUCUCCUUUUGCUGCGGACCAGUCAGAGACGGAGGAGAAAUCCAAAGUUCAUCCAAGUACAGGACGUCCUCGAGCACUCAUUCUCCUUCCGUCCACGGAACUCAUCAUCCAAGUCACCAAGGUCGUCAAGUUGCUGUCUCACAGCAUCAAAUACAGAUCUGCGGGACUCUCCUCCAUAAAUUCGCCCACCGUUAUCCGGUCCCGCCUCUUUAACCCCAAUGGCAUUGACAUUGUCAUCUCGACCCCUCAUCUAAUCUCGUCUAUUGCUCAGAGUGAUCCCAAUAUUCUUUCCCGAGUUCAACAUUUGGUUCUAGACGAAGCCGACAGUCUGCUGGACCGUUCCUUCUCCCAAACCUCGCUCGACAUUAUCGAGCGAUGUGCACCAUCACUCAAACAACUGGUUUUUUGCAGUGCUACCAUCCCCAACAGUCUCGACCGAUUUAUCGACAAGCACUAUCCUGACACCAAGCGACUGGUGACGCCCAAAAUCCAUACCAUCCCUCGGCGCGUCCAGCUCGGUGCAGUAGACAUUGACAGAGAUCCAUACCGGGGAAAUCGGAAGCUGGCGUGCGCUGACGUCAUCUGGACGUUGGGAUCGGCCCGGCAUGAAGACGCGUUUGUGAAUCACACCGUCAAACACAUCCUCGUAUUUGUGAAUGAGCGCGAAAAGGCAGAGGAGGUGGCUGAGUUCCUGGCGAGCAAAGGGAUUGAAGCGGUUGCACUGACGCGGGAUACCACUGAGCAGCGACAGGCCGAGGUGCUGGAUUCAUUCACUUCAACCGAUCGCGUGGAAGGCGAGGAAAAGGCGGACCAUGAGAAGAAGAAGGCUGGGGGCCGAAAUUUCUCGUCGUUUAUUCCGUUUGACGACUCGCUGGAGAAACUGAAAAACAAGCCGUCUCGGCACCUGGCCAACACCAAAGUGUUGGUGACGACGGAUCUAGGAUCAAGAGGAAUUGACACUCUGGCAGUUCGCAAUGUGGUCCUGUACGACGUGCCGCACACGACGGUGGACUUUGUUCACAGGCUGGGGCGAAUGGGCCGCAUGAACCGACGUGGACGAGGGGUGGUGUUGAUGGGAAGAGGCGACCGCAAAGACAUUAUCCGGGAAGUGCGUGAGGCCAUGCACAAAGGUCAAGCCUUGAUCUGAGGUGGGCAUGGUGAGGACCAGAAAGAACAACGCAGGAUUAUUCUGGCCGGGCUGCGGACGGCUAUUGUAGACUAGAACCCCCAUGUAUAUCAGGUUUUGUUGCAUAGAGAGCCAGGGACAGGUGUAUUCUAGAAUAAUCUCCAGCGGCGCAAUACCAC